AUGGGAAGAACAAAAAGCCCUGCUGGUUGCCAGAAUCUACAGAACACCCUAAGGAAUCUCUACAGAUCCAAAAGACAUGUUCCUAAAGAUUAUUUCAACGAAACCAUAGCCCAUGCUCAACCUCACAUACAGAUAUACACUGACGCGUCUAUAACAGACAAAAAAGCAGGAGCAGCAAUCAUAUGUGGCGAUACCGAAAUCCAAAUCAAAUUGUCAGACAAAUGCUCAAUUUACACAGCCGAAGCCUUAGCUAUACUAGAAGCCACUAAAUACUUCAUUCAAUUCGUUGACAACAAACGUUGUUUUAUACUUAGCUAUUCAUUAAGUGCAAUAACAAGUAUCCAAAACACAGUUAAUCCUUCCAACAUAGCAAGAAGUAUCCAGAACUCCUGCAACAUUGCACGAUCCACUGGCAAACACAUCGCCUUUAUGUGGAUUUCCGGUCAUAGCAAUAUAGCCGGCAAUGAAAAAGCCGACGCUACAGCUAAGUCCACCCAUAAUUCAACUAAAGCCAUCUCUAUUUCAGGAUUUUUCUACUCCGACGCAAAAAAAAUAAAAAAAUACAUAAAAACCAGACAACUCUAUCUUGGAAUCAACUCUGGUCACAACAGACGACCAAACUUAAUGAAAUCAAAAAGUCAAUACUCCCGUGGCCCCUACCUCCAGUACUCUCCAAAAAAAAAGAAACUAUCAUAA